AUGGCGCUCACUUCCUUGAGCCUCCUCAUCGCCACAUUAGCACUCGUUCGAGCCACCCAGGCUGCACGAGAGGCUUUGUUUCGUGUGCAUUGGCUCAGGAGCGCGUUCUAUGACACCAAAGAAAUGACGAUGGAGGUUUGUCUGAACUAUUGCACCGCCGGUGGGUAUCCAUAUGCUGGCCUCGAGUACUCUCAGGAGUGUUGUUGUGGUCUCGUCAAUCGUUCUCCGAGAGAAGCAAAUGCUACCGACUGCAAUCAGCUCUGCUCGAGAAGCAAUCAGGAGAUCUGCGGUGGGCCGGAGAGACUCUCUCUAUGCGCGCGACCAAUCCCUGAGCCCAGCGCCAACCCGGGCAUCAAUGGCUACCAGUCGCUGGGCUGCUGGACUGACAACAUUAUAAACCAUGUGCUUAGCCACUUUACCAUCAUGCCGGGAGGCCCAAAGAUCUCUGCAAUCGUUGAGUCGCUGAUAGCCACUAUCGUCGCUCCGGGGACCACCAGAAGGUUAAUGGGGCUGAGACCUCCCGUCGCAGAGAUGUCUUCGUCUACACCGAUACUUACAGCGACCCGCAGCGACGUAGUACCGAAGCCGGCUCUGUCGGCUGUGCCCGUUCUCACGCUCGUACCGUCCAUAGUAUCUAUGGUCAAUUCCGCGCUCCUAAACAGCACUUCCUCAGCCACUAUUUCGACGUCUCCCCCGCCCAUGCUCACACCAACACCCAUUACCCGGGUACCUCUUCUACCCACCAUACUCCUCUCAACCUCUACUGCCCUCCCCCUUCCUCUCGUCCCCGCUCUAACGAACCUCCUAACAAACUCUAUCUUCACACAUCCCUCAUGGCAGAGCGUCAUCAACCCUCUAUACGGCGACUACUUCAACCUCCUCGGCAGCGUCGUCACCUCCGGCCCGGUAUCUGCAUGCAUCAUGGCGACAAAGCCCGUCCGGCCCCCCGCCCCGCGCUCUUUAUGCCUCCAGCAGCCUAUCUCCAUCGCCUCGGCGGGGACUUACAAGCUCACGCUCGCCAUUGGCCGGCAGAUCCUUCACGGCACAUGCAAACCCAUUCCAUCGACCGACCACCUGCAGUAUAACGUCUACUACGACAGCACCCUACUCGGGGGAUUGCGCGGUGGAUGGCGCGUUUGGGAAGUAUGA